CACAAUUGUAGCAACAGUAAACUUGAUACACUCACACACACAUUACACCUUUAAUGCCUUUUACCAUCUUCAUCAUUCUUCAUCCUUUAACUCCCUUUCCCUUCUUGCCAACCAUCUUACUCACUCUCCUUAUCAUCCUUAAGAAGUGAACCCUCCCACCCACAAAGAGUCCCGUUUCUUGAAGCGUGACAACAAACUAUUUACGCUUAGUUCAAAUAAAUUUGUUACUUGCGUUACAAUUAAACUUCAAGUCUAACCAUUUCAAGCCUGACAAAACAAUAAAAUGGUGUAAACACAUGAAAAAUUAGUUUCAACCUGAAAGACGAAAAUUUCUUUUCUUUCUUCAAAUCUUGAUUGUUUUCAUGAAAAUCAACUGUUACCAGUGCGUCAGUUUAACCAUUCAACAGAUUCCAAUAAAAGGUGCAAAAAUUAAAGUGAAACAUCAUCUUUACCAUUCAUUUCUUACAGUCACUUGUUUAUAGUGUUUGCUUUCAUCUAAUAAUUAAUUGUUUACCAAACAAAAAACAAGGAUAAGACUCAAGGAAAUACUCUUUACCAUGUUCAUGGAAAACUUCAUAUAUUAUGAUUAUUAUUCAACAUCAUUAACAUGGUAAUAACGCAACUUGUUCUAUUGACAUUUUGUUUAAAGAAACCUCGAUAAAUCAUCGCCAGAGAAAAGUUAAACAGUUUCCUGUUACUCAAGACUUUCAACUUCACAAUUAACGACAUUCAUGUCAAGUGAAAGAUAAAAGUGUUUUAUGAAUCCGUUUUUAACGAUGAAUAAUUCUGUUCACCAUAGUCACCAUUCAGUUCAACAAUUUCUUCAUCCUGCUUCAACGAGUUCACCUUCAAGUUCACUUUCUCAUCCUCAUCUUCACCCUCACCAUCACCAUUUACCUGGUGGACUUGUCAAUAAACCAAUGGAAUUACUUCAAGAGCCUUCGCCUUCACCCAAUGGGCCAAACAGCUCAUCAAGUUCCCACCAUUUCCAGUCAAACCAUUUGGCUCUUCUUCAUCCUUCCCUGCUAGUUCCCUCAGCGGCAGCCGCUGCCGCUGCUGCGGCUGCUGCAGCAGCAGCAGGUCUUCACCAUCACCAUCACCAUCAUCACCCGUACAACCAGUCAACAGGUUCCCAUCAUCAUCACCACAAGUCAGAGUCACCUUCCAAUCGAACCUCAAACACAAAUUCAACAGGUAAAGUGAAACGAGCUCGUCAACGUGUAGAUGCUGGUGAACCUCGAAACUCGUAUGCUUCGAUAACCAACUUUUCUUCGACCCGAUCAUCAGCAUUUCACUCUUCAGUCAACAGUCGUUUAUCCUCAUCAUUACAAAAUGAUCUAGUUAAUUGCAAAUCAACUGGAAAUGCCAAGUCAACAUCAUCUUCAUCUUCCUCAUCUUCCUCAUACUUCUCAAAGUCACCAUCAUCUAGUUACGCCCUACCACGUUCAUCGUCUUCAAUUUGCCCCAAUAAUCAACCCAAUAAUCUAUCAUCAUUACCUGGUUCGGGCGGUUCUGCUGGUCUUAUCGGUGUUCAAUUUAACGAUAAAAUGUUAACACAAUACAAAGAGAACAAUAUUAGCUGUAAAAAGAGUGAAGAUAAUCAAUUGAUUGGUGGUAAUGUUGCCAGUCUUAUCUCAAACAGUAACGUCGUAUUCGGCGUUCAUGGUGUUGGCAGCAGCAGUAGCAGCAGCAGCAUCAACAACAAUAGCAUUAAUAGUAACAAUCUCGGGAGUCUCAACAGUAUGUACCAUAAUGGACGUUCAUCUCAACAAUUUGUUUACUCGUCUAAUUACGAUGAAAACGGUAAACAACAGCAACAACAAUCCAUUUCCCCUUCAGCAACCUUCCCAUCAACACCUUCAGUACCUUCAUCAUUACCCACAUCUCCAGUUACAUCACCCACACCUUUAAACACCAACAACGAUAAUUUAUCUACUUCAGUUGCCACAACAAGUGCACCUACAACCACACCAACGGUAACAACAGCAACAACAAGUUCAACCUAUUCUAGUGUUUCACCUCAACGACACUCUUCAUCAUCUUCAUCGUCUUCACUGGCCGACAGUGAUACAUCUUUUCAAAACGAGAAAACACAAAGUGGUAAUAAUAAUAAUAAUAAUAAUAAUAAUAGUUCUAGUUCUAGUAGCGCUCGUCUUUUACGCGUUAUCCUGUCAAAGGGUAAACACAGAGGAGAAAGCAACUCGAGUGCCAACAAUGGAGCUAAUUGUGAUAAAAGUGGAUCAACUUGUGAGACAAGUAAUGGUGAAAAGACUGAUGAAGAGACUGAUUCAGGGAGGACACUUUCUGGUUCCCCGACUAACAAUGGUAAGGGAGGUGAUCAAGUUGACGAUGAUGAUAACAGUAACAAUGAAGAUGAUCUUGUUGACGAGUUGGAUGAUGAUGAUGUGGUUGAGCCGUCCUGCUCGGUUGACUCUGAAGACGAACCGGAUGAAGAUGAUUACAACUCAGGUCGUGGUUCCAGUAAAGUUGACAGAUAUCAAUUGGAUACUGAAGAGUACAAUAUGAGUCACACUGAUGAAACAAAAACUGAACAAUCAUCUGAUAAUUUGUCCACUCAAAAGUCGACUCAACAAUCGUCUCCAAACUCAUCUAAAGUUAAACCAUCUGACAAGUGCGAUGGACAAAGUGAUUCAACCCUAUUGUCUUCAACACCCGAGAUCAACUCCAACGAAUCAAAUGAUUUACCUUUACAAUUAACCAGUGAACCAAGCAACUCUGAACAAUCAAACACUUUGACAACAUCAACAUCAACUUUAACCUCAACCAGUGUAACCUCAAGUGGACCCACAACUAGUGAUGCUAAACGUGCUCGAGUUGAAAAUAUAGUGACCAACAUGUUACCUCGAAGCAAUACAAUGUCGGGUCAGUUGAACAACCAAGGUAAACCUGAAGAGGUCCAACAUGUGGGUUCAACUAGUUCAUCUUCAUCGACCAUAGUCAAUGGUUGUAAGAAGCGAAAGUUGUACCAUCCACAGCAAAGUAAAUCAAAUGGUUCACUGGAAGAUGAUGAUGAUGAAGACGAUGACGAUCUUUUAGGUGAGAUUGUUGAUGAUGAAGGGGAGGAAGAUGAGCUGAUUAAUGAUUCGAUUGGAUUAUCAUCCAAUGUUGGUGACUUUGAGAUGAUGACUGAAAUCAAUGAUUUAUCUCUCAAAUCAUCAGUUAAAUGUGAAGACAAGAGUGAUUUAGAUGAGAUGAAAGGUUCAACUGUUGAUCAAGACAAUGUUUCUCCAUUGAUUAAAUAUACAAAAAUGAUUUCAUCGAAUGUUCGAUCGGCCGGUUCAGCCAAAGAUUUAUCCUCUUAUUCAUCUAAAUCUUCGUGUAAACUAACCUCACCAUUCAACUUGAUGUCAAGUCGAACUCGAAAGUCGACCCGUAAACAAGUUCCAGUCGAUUGUGAGGAAGAAGAGGAUGGAAUGGAUGAAGAUUUGUUGAAUGAAGAAGACGACCUUUCCGAGCCUCGAGCAACACCAAGCUCACAGUUUGGCGGUUCGUAUCGUUUCGGGAUCCAAGGUCCAGGUCAGUUGUUGAAUGAAGCUCGUAAACUCGUCUAUCAAGAGAAAAUGUCCAAAAGUCAAGAGUCUCAUCGGCAGUCAAACAAGUCAAGCAGACGGACAGUUUCUUCCACUUUACCAGCCAAUGGUCAAUCUAGCGCAAUCCCAAGUCCACCCAUUCACUAUUCCGACAUUGAAUGGUUAAGUGAUACUUUAAAGGCCGAAAUGCAAGCAAAUUUAAUUCCAAGUCUAAAUACUAUAAUUGACAGUGUAAUUGAUCGUUUUUGCCAGCGACGAGCAGCCGCUGCCGCAGCUCGAAGUAGUAGUCAACAGGCCAGUUUAAUGUUGCCUCAACGAGAAUCUGAUCUGAUAUCACGUUCUGAUUUAGUAGCACCUGAAAGCUCAAAAGAAUUGACUCUUUUAUCUCAAAUGUUGGAAUCAAAAUCACCUCGAACAAGUCAUGGUAAAUCCGAAUCUUCAAGUCAACAAUCUCAAUCGCAUUCAUCUCAUCAUAAAAACAACGUGCCCAGAGGAUCACCGUCAUCAUCCCAUCAUCCUCACCACUCUUCCCACCAUCCCUCACAUCGCCAGUUAAACACAUCAAUUAAUCAAAUGACCAGUGGUUCAAAUAAAAGUCCCGUCAAUGGACACCAUCAACAUGCUCACCAUCAUCAUAGUCACCAUCAUCGUCGAGUCAGCUCAAGUUCACCUUCAUCUUUUACUCUACCAACCGAGAGUGCACCAGUACCCAAACCUCCUGGUCCAUCUCCAUUUGCCUUCCCACCUGGAUUUAAACCAAAUUUUUUGUUCCCUAACUUUCCAUCGAGUUUACCUGGAGCCGCUGCCGCCGCCGCAGCAGCAGCCGCAUCUCAAACUCCACCAAAUCUAUUGCAUGCAGCCUCGAUAGCUCAGCAUUUGAACUCUUUUGCCUCAGUUUUCCAGCAACAACAACAAGCACAUCAUCAACAGCAACAAGCACAACAGGCACAGCAACAUCAAGCACAAAUGGCACAACAGCAACUCCAAUCAUUACAACGGUCAUCAGGAUCUGAUAUUGUUGGACCAAAUGAUAAUGCAUUGGCUGCUGGUUCAAGCAACAACCCUGGUCGGGAUCAAUCAACGCCCGUCUCAACUCCAACAGGAUCUCUUAGCUUUUUAGGAGGACGUGAUAAUCAAAAUUGUAGUGCAAGGGAAGGUUCACCAAUUGACUCUGAACAUCGUUCUUCAGUUCUUGGUGACUUGAGUGAUUUAGCAAGUGAACAAACCGAAGCAAUGUCCCUUGUGGUAACACCGAAAAGGAAACGAAAUAAGGUUACCGAUUCAAGGAUAACACCAAGAACAGUUAGUCGUAUUCUUAAUCAAGAACCUCUUUUAGCAAAUUUGAUAGCCCGAGGUGACCUUGCCUCUCCUCCUCCUGCUCUUAAUUUUGGUUUAUCUCCUCACACUGGUCCUCCCAUUGGGCCUCCAACUGCCCCUCCUCCCCCUUUGGUACCAGUUUCACUUCCAACUUCAGUGGCAAUCCCAACCCCGGGUCUUCAUUCAGCCGAACUAUUCGGUGGCCCGGCUUUUCCUUUCUCUGAUCACGCAAGGUUCCUUCGUGAGUCUCUUUUAUGCCAAGCUGCGGCUGCAGCAGCGGCAGCAUCAGGCGGACAGGGUUCAGUCUCAGAAGGUGAAGUUAAGGAAAGAGAAAGGGAAAACAAGUCAAUCCUUGAAACUCAAAAUGAUCCUCAAUCUGCAUCACAACAACAGUCACAGCAAUUAACUGAGCAACAAGAACAUGAACUCGAAGAUCAAGAUGAACACCAUCAACAGCAACAGAGAGAUGAAGAGUCUCGCCAUCGUCACCAUCAUCACCAUCACCAUCAAGCACAACAACAACAGGCCGCUGCAGUUGCAGCCGCAGCGGCUGCCGCAGCUGCACAACAUCAUCAUCAUCAAGCAGCCACAGCAGCAGCCAUUCAAAAUGCUCUGGCAGCAAAUCACCUUGCAAUGAUAGCCCAAGCCAAUCGUGCCGCUGGCGGUGGUGACACAGCAUCACCCGAGUCUCUUAGUCAAUUUGGCGGUACAAGAUCUGAGAAUGGCGCUGAUGGAUCAGAAUCUCUCAAUGAUUCAACUGGUUAUGACACAUCAACACCUUUACUUUCCUUUUGCGGCAAUUCAAUUCCUCUUCAAACGACUCUCACUCCAAUGCAUCUGAGAAAGGCUAAACUAAUGUUCUUCUAUGUCCGUUAUCCAAGCUCAAAUGUCCUGAAAACAUUUUUCCCUGACAUCAAAUUCAACAAGAACAAUACUGCUCAAUUGGUUAAAUGGUUUUCCAAUUUCAGAGAAUUUUAUUAUAUUCAAAUGGAAAAAUAUGCAAGACAAGCAAUUAGCGAAGGAAUCAAAAGUGCCGAUGAAAUUCAUAUUCAUAAAGAGUCUGAGCUUCUUCGGGUUCUUAACAUGCAUUACAAUCGCAGUAAUCAUCUUGAUGUUCCAGAAAGGUUUUGUUUUGUUGUUGAGCAAACAUUGAAAGAGUUUUUCAAGUCAAUCCUGGCUGGCAAAGAUACUGAGCAAUCUUGGAAGAAAGCAAUUUACAAGAUAAUCUCACGUCUUGAUGAUUCUGUUCCUGAAUACUUUAAAUCACCUAAUUUUUUAGAGAGACUGGAAUGAGGAAUGUGCCCGUUAGAAGAAGAUGGAAUCGACGAUCGUAAACACUCAUGGAAACAUGAACAGAACAAAUAUAACGAACAAAAGUUCAUCAAUCCAUUUCAACAUUUAAUUUAAUUUAAUAAUUCCUUUUGUUAGACGUAAAAAUCUCAAUGAAAUGACAAAACUCAAAAUGGAGCAAUUUAUUUAAAUCUUUAUUUCCCCUCUUUUUUUGUUUGACCUCUGUUAACAGUAAUUUAAAAUCAAUCUCAAACAAAAUGUGUUUUUGUUUUCCGAAUGCCAGGUAAUUCAAAAGGUGUCUAAAGUUCAAACAUUUCCUUCUUCAGUCAUUUUAAAAUCAUUUAUCGCAAUCAAUUCUCAAAGGAUUUCCCAAAAUGUGCAACGAAACAGCACAGAAUCAAAGAUUUUGCUCUCAAACGCAAUAGUUUUGUUCACUUUUGAAAAGCAUCAUCAAGCUCUUAAAGACGCUAAUGUUGAUUGCAGUGAAAGUGUUGAAAUGUAACAUCGAAAUGAAAUGAAAAGUUUUCUUCGAAAUUUCACUUUUUCGAAAAGACGAUUUUCUUCAAAAGCAAAUCCUUAUUUCAAAUGACUAAAGAUGAAGGAAAUGUAUUUUGCACACCUUUUGAUUAACCUUGUAUUGUUAAGUUGUUGUAAAUUAUUUUACCUGAAAAAUUGUUGAAAUCAAAUUGUUAUUUGGUUCCAAAUUUAGUCCAAAAUUGUUGAAAUGGUUGAUGGAUUGAUUCGGACGAUUCUUAAUCUUCAUCUUUCGGGAUUCUUAUCCCUCCUCAAUUGUCACCAAAGGAGUUCGUUGUUUACCAAUCGAUUGCUAUAAAAAUUAAUUAUCUGUAAAGCAAUGCAAUUGAAGUAAACAAGUUGACUGUUAAACAAUCAGAACUUUGUCCUGAUUCGAACUCCUGCAUUCCUCACUCCGUAAAUGUCUCUCACUUCUCUUAAUCUCUAAUGAACUCUCAAACAAAUGAACUUAUCUACUUCACAAAUGGAACCAAAGUUAAAUUGUAAAUUGUCUUAACUUUCGGUUAUUGUAUUAAUUAAUUCGUUGAACGGAAGUUUGAGGAGGACUUCCAAGCAUCACCUUCUUAUUCCCAUUCCUUAACAUGAAUCUGAGUUUGUCUUUGACCAACUGGUUUAACCCGUUAAUGUGCACUUUCAAUCAACACCUGUCUCAAUCACAUCCAAUCAUUUCCCUUGACAACAAAUCACUUAAUCAAGUUGAUUCACCCAAAUUUACUUCUUGUGAAUAUGAAAAAAUUUAUAUCAUUCCACCGGGCCUGAGUUAAAAUCUGAUAAAGACGAUAACAAGAAACUACAAAAAAAAUCAGAAACUAAAUAAUUGACCGAUAUACAUAUAAAUAUAUUAUUAUUAUUAUUAUUACUGAUAUUAUUGAUAUUAUUAUGAUUAUUAUUAUUAUUGCUAUUAUAUUAUUAUUAU